AUGAAGUUCAAUUCGGUAGCGGCGGCCCUUGUUGGGCUGUCUGCUCAGGCAGUCAAUGCUGCUUCUACAUUCUCGCCAGCAAGACCUCCAGCUGCUCCUAUUGCCGUCAAGUCACCUUAUCUCAAUUCUUGGCUCAACGCAGGAAGCGAUGGUGGCAAUGGGGGUUACCUGGCUGGCGAGUGGAUCACAUUCUGGGAUCAAGGUAUUACGGCUUGGGUAGGACUCAUCCGCGUAGAUGGAGUUCCAUACACCUGGAUGGGUGCUCCUCCCAAUUAUCCACAGGUAGUGGAUCAAACAGAUUUCUCCUACACAUCCACUCGAAGCACCUUUAUCAUGAAUGUUGGUGGCAAGGUUGGCAUGAAUAUCACUUUCAUGUCUCCAGUCACCCCCAAUGAUCUCAAGAGGCAAUCUUUGACAUUUACCUACCUUGAUGUGGCCGUCGAGUCGAUUGACGGUGCCAGCCACGAUGUUCAGCUUUAUGCAGAUGUUUCUGGAGAAUGGGCUUCUGGUGACCCUGCGGCCGUGAUUACAUGGGAUACCAACACGGCAGACGGCGUUCGAUACCAUACCUUUCAGAGACAAGACCAAGAAGAAUUCUCCGAAGUUCGCAACCAAGCUAGCUGGGGAACUUGGUAUUGGUCUACUGCUGACACGGAUGGUAUCACAUAUGAAAGCGGUAUCGAUGUUGAUGUACGCGCCAAAUUCAACAACGACGGAGUGCUGUCCAACACCAAAGACACCAACUUCCGUGCCGUCAAUGACAAUUGGCCUGUAUUUGGAUUUGCCAAGGACCUUGGAUCAGUCGGCUCCGCAAGCGUCUCGACAUUGUUUUCUCUUGGCCUGACCCAGGACAAUGCUAUUUCGUUCCUGGGCGAAGGAAGCAGUUUGACCUCUGUUCCAUCUUUGUGGAAGAGCUAUUUCUCAAAUGAUCUUGACGCUGUGACAUUCUUCUACAAUGACUAUAAUGAGGCUUCCAGCCUGGCUACGGAUCUGGACAACAGAGUUGCUUCUGAUUCGCUAGCUGCCGCCGGUCAGAACUACCUGACCAUCACCAGUCUUAGCGUCCGCCAGGCGUUCGGUGCUCUGCAGUUUACCAACACCGACUCCGAGCCGCUCAUCUUCCUCAAGGAAAUCAGUUCGAACAGCGAUAUUGAGACAGUGGAUGUCAUUUAUCCAUCUAUUCCCUUGCUGAUCUGGGCGAACCCCAAGUUAUUGGCUUACUUGCUCGACCCCCUAUUUAUCAAUCAGGAGAACGGCCACUACCCCAACACCAACGCGAUUCAUGAUCUGGGAACCUUCCCCGUUGCCAAGGGCUAUCCAGAUGGAUCAGACGAGCCGAUGCCUUUGGAAGAGUGUGGAAACAUGAUCAUCAUGGCUCUCGCUUAUGCUCAGCGUGCUAGCGAUACUGCCUACUUGAACACUCACUACGCCAUCUUGAAGCAGUGGGCUGGUUAUCUCGUCGAUGAGGCGCUCAUCCCCGCCAACCAACUCUCUACUGAUGACUUUGCUGGAACCCUGGCGAACCAGACCAACCUGGCAUUGAAGGGUAUCAUUGGACUGCGCGCCAUGUCUGAGAUUGCCAAGCUUACCGGAAACUCGGCCGAUGAAAAGACCUACGGUGAUACAGCCACAUCGUAUAUUUCUCAGUGGCAGAACUUGGGCAUCAACAGUGCCGCCAAUCCUCCACACACGACCCUCUCGUACGGCGACGCCGACUCGCACGGUCUCUUGUACAACUUGUACGCCAACAGUCUCCUCGGCUUUGGUUACGACUUUGUUCCUCAGUCUGUCUACGAUAUGCAGAGCAACUUUUACCCAACCGUUGCGCUCGAGUACGGUGUGCCGCUGGACACUCGCCACACCUGGACCAAGUCUGACUGGGAAAUGUUUGCUGCCGCCAUUGCCAGUGUAGAGACACGCGACCUUUUCAUCUCCAAGCUCGCCAACUGGAUCAACGUGACGCCCACCAACCUGGCCUUGACCGAUUUGUACGAUGCUGCCACGGGCGACUUUCCCGGCAUCACGUUCCAUGCCCGCCCCGUGGUUGGCGGUCACUUUGCUCUGCUGGCUCUGCCUUGA